GCAUUCGUCCUUCUACUCGUCUCAUUUUCUCCGCUCCUGCAACAACUCAAGCUCCCCACCUACUAAUUCUAUCUUACCACCCCCCCCCCAUUCUUUCUUCCUUCCAAUUCACCAAAUCCCAUUUCUAGCCCUAAGUCUCCAUCCUGUUCUCCUUAUCGUCAUUUCUCCGACUGGAGAUCACCUCUCAGUCACAGAGCUCUUCUCCGAUCUUCGUCUGCGUCGUCGAACGAACGAUUCGAAAGGCGGAUCGCCACUAUGGCUACUCGGAAUGUUUACGAGAGUAUCUUGAAGACACUCGAGAAACCUGGUGGUGGUGAAUUCGGGAAGUACUACAGCUUGCCUGCUCUCAAUGAUCCGAGGAUCGACAAGCUUCCCUACUCCAUUAGGAUCCUUCUGGAGUCAGCGAUUCGUAAUUGUGACGAGUUUCAAGUUAAGGAGAAGGAUGUAGAGAAAAUCCUUGAUUGGAAGAAUACUUCUCCCAAACAGGUUGAGAUUCCGUUCAAGCCUGCACGUGUGCUUCUGCAGGAUUUUACUGGUGUUCCGGCUGUUGUUGAUCUUGCGUGCAUGAGAGAUGCAAUGAAUAGGCUUGGCAGCGACCCGGACAAAAUUAACCCGUUGGUUCCUGUAGAUCUUGUCAUCGAUCACUCAGUGCAGGUUGAUGUGGCAAGAUCAGAAAAUGCAGUACAGGCCAAUAUGGAACUUGAGUUCCAGCGCAACAAUGAAAGAUUUGGCUUCUUGAAGUGGGGAUCUAGUGCAUUUCACAAUAUGCUUGUUGUUCCUCCAGGCUCUGGGAUUGUUCAUCAGGUGAACCUGGAGUACCUUGGACGCGUUGUGUUUAAUACAGAUGGAAUACUUUACCCCGAUAGUGUAGUUGGAACUGAUUCGCACACAACCAUGAUAGAUGGUUUGGGUGUUGCUGGCUGGGGAGUUGGAGGAAUUGAAGCAGAAGCUGCAAUGCUUGGUCAGCCCAUGAGCAUGGUUCUUCCCGGUGUUGUUGGAUUUAAAUUAUCAGGAAAGUUAAGGAGUGGUGUAACAGCCACUGAUUUGGUUCUGACAGUAACCCAAAUGCUUCGGAAGCAUGGAGUUGUUGGCAAAUUUGUGGAGUUCUAUGGGGAAGGGAUGAGUGAACUGUCAUUAGCUGAUAGGGCCACAAUUGCGAACAUGUCUCCUGAGUAUGGUGCAACCAUGGGUUUCUUCCCUGUGGAUCAUGUCACUCUCCAGUACUUGAAACUGACAGGCAGAAGUGAUGAAACUGUUUCUAUGAUAGAGUCCUAUCUAAGGGCUAAUAAGAUGUUUGUGGAUUACAGCCAGCCCCAGACUGAGCGGGUGUACUCCUCUUAUCUGGAAUUGAAUCUUGAGGAGGUGGAACCCUGUGUAUCAGGACCAAAGAGGCCUCAUGAUCGAGUUCCCUUGAAAGAAAUGAAAGUGGACUGGCAUGCUUGCUUAGAUAACAAAGUUGGAUUCAAGGGGUUUGCAAUACCUAAAGAUUCUCAAAGUAAAGUUGUGGAGUUCUCAUUCCAUGAAACACCGGCACAGCUUAAACAUGGUGAUGUUGUCAUAGCAGCCAUCACCAGUUGUACCAAUACUUCAAAUCCUAGUGUGAUGCUUGGUGCUGCUUUGGUUGCAAAGAAGGCUUGCGAACUAGGACUGGAGGUUAAGCCAUGGAUCAAAACAAGUCUUGCUCCAGGUUCUGGAGUUGUUACUAAAUAUUUGCAAAAGAGUGGAUUGCAAAAUCAUUUGAAUCAGCUAGGUUUUCAUAUUGUUGGUUAUGGAUGCACUACAUGCAUUGGGAAUUCCGGAGACAUUGAUGAGUCAGUGGCAUCAGCAAUAUCUGAAAAUGACAUAGUUGCUGCGGCUGUCUUGUCUGGAAAUAGGAAUUUUGAGGGCCGUGUGCAUCCCCUAACAAGGGCAAACUAUCUUGCUUCCCCUCCCCUUGUGGUGGCAUAUGCUCUUGCUGGCACGGUUGAUAUUGAUUUUGAGACAGAACCUAUAGGGACGGGAAAGGAUGGGAAGAAAGUAUUCUUCAGGGAUAUCUGGCCAUCGAGUGAAGAAGUAGCAAAUGUUGUGCAAUCUAGUGUCUUGCCAGACAUGUUUAAGGCUACAUAUGAAGCAAUCACGAAAGGAAAUCCAAUGUGGAAUCUGUUAUCUGUGCCAUCAAGCACUCUUUAUACAUGGGAUCCAUCAUCAACUUAUAUUCAUGAGCCUCCUUAUUUUAAGGACAUGACAAUGUCCCCUCCUGGCCCACAUGGAGUGAAGGAUGCCUACUGCUUGCUCAAUUUUGGUGACAGCAUCACAACUGAUCACAUCUCACCUGCUGGCAGCAUCCACAAAGACAGUCCUGCAGCCAAGUACCUCAUGGAACGGGGGGUUGAUAGGAGAGACUUCAAUUCUUAUGGCAGUCGUCGUGGUAAUGAUGAGGUGAUGGCUAGAGGUACUUUUGCCAAUAUUCGCCUUGUAAACAAACUAUUGAAGGGAGAAGUUGGACCUAAAACAAUUCACAUUCCCACGGGGGAGAAAAUAUCUGUGUUUGAUGCUGCCAUGAGGUACAAGAGUGAGGGACAAGAUACCAUUAUUUUGGCUGGAGCUGAGUAUGGAAGUGGGAGCUCUCGUGAUUGGGCUGCCAAGGGCCCAAUGCUUUUGGGUGUUAAAGCAGUGAUUGCCAAAAGCUUUGAGCGGAUUCAUCGCAGUAACCUUGUGGGAAUGGGCAUCAUUCCACUGUGUUUCAAGCCUGGAGAAGAUGCUGAGACUCUUGGCUUGACUGGGCAUGAGCGCUACAGCAUCAACCUACCAAGUAAUGUAAGUGAAAUAAGGCCUGGUCAGGAUGUCACUGUUGUGACAGACAGCGGAAAAUCAUUCACGUGCACAGUCCGUUUCGAUACAGAGGUGGAACUGGCAUAUUUCGAUCAUGGAGGCAUUUUGCCAUAUGUUAUUAGGAACUUGAUUAAUGCGAGGCAUUAGAUCAACAUCAUUUUCCCCUGCAGUUUGCUACAGGGUGGACUCAGUCUUGGAUUCUCCACACCUCAUUGGCAAGAAUGGGUAAUCUCUUCUUAUUUGAGCUAUGCUUAUAAAAUGUGAUAUGACGCUCCCAAGUGACUUCAUCUAUUGAGUGUUUUUAGUUAUCAUAGGCUUGUCAAGUUUAUGGACUUUCCAAGUGAGCCAGCUAAGCUGGCAUUGUCUUUUCUUUUUCAUUUUUUUCCUAGCCAAUGUCUCAGAAAUCAUUUGUCACCUGACUUGCCAUUCUUUAUAAGCUCCAAAUUGGAUAAACUCGUUAAGAGAGAAA